AGCAGAACGAGAGAAUAUUGAAAAAUGGAGACAAGCGUUACUGCAAUUCAAGAUUGCUUUGACCGCUCUAAGACACAUGCUGAACUCGCCUUUCGUUACUGGCAAAGCUUCGAGCAAUCGGGAGAACGGGAAGAACUCGAAAAGUCUAUUACUCACUAUCGUGCCGCUCUCGAAUUUCGUCCCGAAGGGCAUCCCAAUCGAUCGGAAUCGUUGCAUAGCCUCGCGCUUUCUCUUCGAGUGCGAUACGAGCGAUGGGGCCAAUUGGAAGAUCUAGAAGAAGCCAUCGAGUUGAACCGAAUCGUCCUCCAGCUUCGACCCGAAGGCCAUCCUGAUCGAUUUAAGUCUCUAGACAAACUUGCCAUCUCUCUUGCAAUCCGAUAUGGGCAGGAAGGAAGGAUCAAGGACCUCGAGGAAGCCAUUGACUUGCUCCGAGCCGCCCUCGACUCUCUAUCCGAAGGCCAUUCUGAUCGCUUUAUUCCUCUCAAUAGUCUUGCAAACUCUCUGAGAUUCCGAUACGAGCGGCAAGGAAGGAUCAAGGACCUCGAGGAAGCCAUUGAGUUGGACCGAGCCGCCCUUGAGCUUCGACCUGAAGGCUAUCUUGAUCGCCAUGUCUCUCUCAGCAAUCUUGCACUCUCUCUAGGAAGACGGUACGAGCGGCAAGGAAGGACGAAGGAUCUCGAGGAAGCUAUUGAGUUGGGGCGAGCCGCCCUCAAGCUUCGACCUGAAUACCAUCCUCAUCGGACUAUGUUGCUCAACAAUCUCGCAGCCUUUCUACGAACCCGAUAUCAGCAGGAAGGAAGAGCUGAGGACCUCGAGGAAGCCAUUGAGUUGCACCGAGCCGCUCUCGAGCUUCGACCCGAAGGCCAUCCUAAUCGCUCUAUACCUCUCUUCAAUCUUGCAAACUCUCUGACAGUCCAAUACGAACGGCAAGGAAGAACCAAGGACCUCGAGGAAGCCAUUGAGUUGUACCGAGCCACCCUCGACCUUCGACCCAAGGGCCAUCCCGGCCGCUCUGCAUCUCUCGACAAUCUUGCGAGCACUCUGAAACUCCGAUAUGAGCAGCAAGGAGGGACGAAGGACCUCGAGGAAGCCAUUGAGUUACAUCGAGCCGCCCUCGACCUUCAACCCGAAGGCCAUCCUGAUCGCUCUUUCUCUCUCGGCAAUCUUGCUACCUCUCUAUGGGCCCGAUACGAGCAGCAAGGAGGGACCAAGGACCUCGAAGAAGCCAUUGGUUUGGAGCGAGCCGCCCUCGACCUUCGACCCGAAGGCCAUACCCAUCGCUUUAGCUCUCUCGGCAAUCUUGCAACCUAUCUGACGACCCGAUACAAGCUGCAAGGAUCGACGAAGGACCUCGAAGAAGCCAUUGAGUUGAAUCGGGCCGCCCUCGAGCUUCGACCCGAAGGCCAUUCUCAUCACUCCAUGUCUCUCGACAACCUUGCACUCUCACUGAAAUCUCGAUAUGAGCAGCAAGGAGCGACGAAGGACCUCGAAGAAGCCAUUGAGUUGCAACGAGCUGCCCUCGACCUUCGACCCGAAGGCCAUCCUCUUCGUUCCUUGACAUUACAGAACCUUGCAAUUUCCUUGUAUGCUCGGGUUGAGAAUCAAUGGGACACAGAGGAAUUCGAGGAAUGUAUACAGUUACUGCAACUUGCUGCUACUCAUGAAUUCUCAGGGCUGUCAUACCGUCUUUAUGCUGUACAACGAUGGGCAAGACUUGCACGAUUGCAUAAGCACGAUUCCGCCUCUCGAGCUUACCGAACGUCCAUAUCAAUACUUCAACGCCAUCCUAACCGCUCUUUGUCUCUCGGGAAUCUUGCAAGCUCUCUGUGGGCCCGAUACGAGCAGCAAGGAAGGGCAAAGGACCUCGAAGAGGCCAUUGGUUUGCAGCGAGCCGCCCUCGACCUUCGACCCGAAGGCCAUCCUCAACGCUCUAUAUCACUCAAUAAUCUUGCGGCGUCUCUACGAACCCGAUACCAGCAGCAAGGAAGGACCGAGGACCUCGAGGAAGCCAUUGCGUUGCACAGAGCCGCCCUCGAGCUUCGACCAGAAGGCCAUCCUAAUCGCUCUAUACCUCUCGGCAAUCUUGCAAACUCUCUGACAGCCCGAUACGAGUGGCAAGGAAGCACGAAGGACCUCGAAGAAGCCAUUGAGUUGGAGCGAGCCGUCCUCGCCCUUCAACCCGAAGGCCAUCCUCAUCGCCCUAGGUCUCUUGCCAAUCUCGCAAUCUCUCUAACAACCCGAUACGAGCAGCAAGGAAUUUCCAAGGAUCUCGAGGAAGCUAUUGAGUUGGAGCGAGCCACCCUCACCCUUCAACCGGAAGGCCAUCCUCAUCGUUCUAGGUCUCUUGGCAAUCUUGCAAACUCUCUGACAACCAGAUACUGGCAACAAGGAAGGACAAGGGACCUCGAGGAAGCCAUUGAGUUGCACCGAGUUGCCCUCGAGCUUCUACCCUCAGAUCAUCCUGAUCGCUCUAUCUCUCUCGGCAAUACUGCACAGUCUCUGAGAAACCGAUAUGAGCAGCAGGGAAGGACGAAGGACCUCGAGGAAGCCAUUGAGUUGCACCGAGCCGCCCUCAAGCUUCAACUUGAAGGCCAUCCUCAUCGCUCUAGGUCUCUCGGCAAUCUUGCAAACUCUCUGAGAACACGAUACGACCAGCUAGGGAGGCUGAACGACCUCGAGGAAGCCAUUUGGUUACAUCGAGUCGCCCUCGACCUUCGGCCCGAAGGCCACCCUCUUCGUUCCUUAACACUACGGAACCUUGCGAAUGCCUUAUAUUAUCGGGUUGAGAAGCAAUGUCACUUAGGGGAGUUCGAGGAAUGUAUGCAAUUACUAGAACUUGCUGCUACUCACGAAUUCUCAAAGUCGUCGGACCGCAUUCUUGCUGCACGACGAUGGGCAACACUUGCACGAUUGCACAAGCAUCACACAACCUUUUCAGCUUACCGAACGUCCAUAUCGAUACUUCAACAUGCUCUCACCAUACGUCCAACCCUCCGCGAACAACAUGACCUUCUCUCAGGGAAAAGUUCUUACAGAAUGUUGACUUCUGACGCGGCGUCCUACGCGAUAGAGAAAAAUGAAUUGGAACGAGCUGUAGAGAUACUUGAGCAAGGGAGGGGCUUGCUUUGGUCACAGUUGCGCGGCCUCAGGACUCCCUUAGAUCAGCUUGCAGAAGCGAAUGAAGAACUCGCCGACAGAUUCAGGGACGUCAAUCGCCGGCUGGAGAACCUCGCAACAUCACACGAAGCGUUAAUGACCAUCUCAUCCAUGGAUGGAGGCAAAUUAGUUAGACUAGAUGGUAAACCAGGACAGAGAUCAUUUGACGAACUACUGGGAUUAAAGAAGCGCUUUCUGCACGAGCAAGAGGGUAUUAUAAACGAGAUUCGACAUUUGCCUGGAUUCGAGAGCUUCCUUAAAGCCUUGCCAUUUGAAGAACUGCAGCAGGUCACAUUGGAGGGACCAAUUAUCAUGGUGAACCAUAGCAAAUAUCGGUCCGAUGCCCUCGUUAUCUUCUUUCGUGACGUUUCAUCCAUAAUUUGCAUUUCACUGGACAAAGAGUUCUAUAAGGACAGCAUUCAAUUGUGCAAUGAACUCGUUCAUACACGACGACAGCUCAAAUCGCAUCCACUAGAAUAUGAAAAGAAACUUUGCGAAGCGAUGAAGAUGUUAUGGGAUAGAGUUGUCUCCAAGGUCAUUAGUAAACUGACAGAAAUGGGGGUCACAAAAGGGUCUCGCAUUUGGUGGUGCCCUACGUCCGUGUUAUCUACACUCCCGUUCCAUGCUGCAGGACCAUUCAAGGAUUCGGAUGGAACUACAAAAUACUUGUUAGACGAUUACAUUUCGUCGUACACUCCGUCACUCAGUGCAUUGAUUAAUGCCCGAAGUAAUACAAGCACAAGUGAACCAAAAUUGCUUGUUGUCGGCGACACUGUUACGCUACGAUCAACUCGACAGGAAAUUCGCAACAUCCGUAUCUGCAUGGGCGGCACCAGACCAGGAACUACGAUGCUACUCGAUAGCAGUGCGUCUUGUCCCGCAGUGGUGGAGAAACUCCAAAAAGUCACAUGGGUUCACUUUGCUUGCCAUGGUCAUCUCGACCCAAAACCUUUUGACUCGUCGUUCAAGCUCGCUGACGGUGGUUUGUCAUUGCUCGAUAUUAUCCGAGCUAAUGUCUCAAAUGCCGAAUUUGCAUUUCUCUCUGCAUGCCAUACUGCAGAGCUAUCUCACUCAGGUGUGCACGACGAGGCACUUCAUCUAUCAGCAGCGAUGCAGUUCAGCGGAUUCCGAAGCGUGAUCGGGACGAUGUGGGAACUAUACGAUGAGGAUGGACCUCUGUUCGCGCGCGUGGUUUAUGAAUACAUGAAUGACUGUGAGGAAGGCGAGUUGAUGUAUAGGAGGGCGGCUGGAGGACUUCGAGAAGCAGCAAUAGAGUUGAAAGGACGGGAAGGGAUUCCUACUGAACGAUGGGUUAAUUUCGUGCAUAUAGGUGCUUGAAUAAUGCCAUAAUAUAAUCAACAAUACGUAUU